AUGGACGGGCCCUUGAGCUCCUCGGCAGGCCCAGCGCUGAGUGCUGUGCAGAGGGACAAGGAGAAGGCCUUCACCAGCCCGCAGUCCUCGUCAGGCACGAUUACCCCCUUAGCCAGGCCGCGGCCGAGUCUCGAUCAGGGCGAUGGCAGUAAUCUGCAGCCCCCGGGGGCUGCCAAUGGCGGUCGGAAUAUGUCGUCAUCGAACUUGAGUUUCGUCCCGCGAGGUGCGAGCCUCAACCCCUCGUCUGUUGCCGGCCCAGGCAGCUUCAGUUCAGACCUGCGGAGUCAACUGGGUCCUUCCAGGGCGGGGUCAAGACUGGACGUCUACAACAGCCUGGCGCCACUCAACGAGACGACCAGCAGGGACGCCUCCGAUUCCGACAAGCUCCUCGCCGACCUACGCGACGAACUGGCCCGCGAGAACAAGAUUAAGGAGGGCAGCGAGAACAUGCUCGAGGCCCUCAACACCAAAAAGCCAAAACACGUCAGGGAGCAAAAGGCAAAGGUCGAGGCCGAGCUGAACGCCUCCUAUGCCCGCAUCAGGAAGCUCAAGCAGCGCAUCGAGCUGCUGCAGCAACAACCCAAGACCGCCCCCAUCACACCGACCAGACCCGCUGGCGACCUUCCCUCCGUCUUACGAAAUACCAGAUCCCCACAGAGCGCGUCGAGGAGCGGCGCUGGCUCCGACCUCGACGAGAUGAUGGUGGACCCCACGUUCCGCCUCGGCGAGCUGCUGCAGGCCCUCGAGGUCGAGGGGUUGACACCCGAGUACUAUGUCGCCAAAGCUAACGCCCUCGUCGAUCUCUUCAAAAACUAUCCCAACCUGAAGUACGACCUGAUGUGGUCUGUGUUCGGCCUGAGGAUGCAGGUCAUGCUGCUGAGCGAGAGCAGGGAGGUCGUAGCUGCGGGCUAUCGCAUGACGCGCUACGCCAUGUCCGACAGGUCGUCUCUCAAGAAAAUCCGUACUCUGAACACCGACUACGUCGUCAUCUCAUCCCUCAUCAAAGACAAGAAAGCGGACCUGGAGAGGGAACAGGCGCUGAAGUUCGUCCGUGCAUUCCUCGACAUCAAGGAUGGUAUUCGCGAGCUGUCCAGGGCCGUCGUGAGGACGGUCGCCUCCAUCGCGGAACAUGGCGACGACAGGCUUCGGCCCAUCUGCCUAGAGACGCUUGCCGAGAUCCUCGUCCGAGACCCACAGCUGCUGCUUGCCUCUGGUGGCCUGGCGGUCAUCUGUGAUGCCCUGACGGAGGGCUCGUACAAGGCUCCAGAGAGUCUGAUCACUGCCUACCUGUUUCUGCUCGACUCCCCCCAGAAGCGAAAGUAUCUCCGCCCCGGCUACGACCUCGAGGUCAUCUUCAACGUCUUCACUGACGCGUUCCUCUCCAACGAGACCAUACUGAAGAACAACUCCAAGGCCAUCUCUUCGGCGCUCAGGACGUGGCCUGGUAUUAUGUACCUGUCAAUGUACAAUUUUCGCGCCAUUCGGUCGCUCAUCGCAAGUCUUAUGCUUCCCAACCAACAAGCACGAGACAUCGUCAUUGUCCUUCUCUACUCCCUACUGCGGAUUAAGUCUCCUGCGUGGGCUACGCCGUUCUUGGCCGGGAGGAGGCUGACGACAUAUGGAAGGGUCAACACCCUCAAACCGACAACCUCAGAGGCCAAGAACGCACAGGCUCAGGUGGAGGACGACAACGCUGAGCAGAAUUUUGUGGACCACUACACGGCCCUGCUCCUGGCCAUCCUGAUAGAGGCGGACCUGGUCUCCACGCUGCUCAACCUGGCACGCAAUGCCGAAGAGGAGACCAUGAAGCGCAAGUCGACCUUGCUGUUGGGCGAGGUCCUCAGGCUGUGUAGUCGCCUUCUGCCCACCUCGUGGAGCAGCAACUUGCAGUUCCUGCCAGAUCUAUUUUCCCAGGCUGUCCGGUUCCACGACCAGUCGCAUUUUGUCGCCACGAGCCUGAUCUACCAAAUAAGCAGCGUCAGCCGCACGCUCUACCGAUCCACCCCGUCAGCGCCGAGCGGCAUUGGCUUAUCAUUGAGCCAGAUGACCGCAGGUCUUGCGUUGGAAGAUGAGCAGCCAAGAGCGGCCAGCUCUGUGCCUCAUGUUGAUGAGGGCGCAUUUCGACAGCUCUUGGUUGACUCUGGGGUCCUGAGCAGUAGUAAUUACAUGAAGUGGAACUGGGAGAUUAUCCUGAAGCUGAUUGAGGGUCCUCUGACCAUCGGCAAGAGGGUCGAUGACGCGAACAAGGCCUCCAAGUUCAUGAAGCGACUGAUGGGCUUCUACCGCCCGUUUAAAUACCGGUUUUCCGACGUCAAGAGUACACGGAACACGCAGAAGUAUAUCAAGGUUGGCUGUGCGCUCAUGCACACCCUCCUGCAAUCACAGCAGGGCAUCGAGUAUCUGGCCAAUAAUAAAGUUCUGAGACAAAUCGCUGAGUGCCUGGCUCAGUGCGACCCGACAAGCGGCAUCACUGCCGGUGUCCCGUUAUUUUCUAAGGACAGGAUGACGGACACUCUCAGCGGGGGCUACUUUGCCAUGCUGGGUGUUCUGAGCGCGGAGAAGCGAGGCCUGGAGAUGAUCCAGCGCUGGAGGAUGUUCAACAUGAUGUACCACAUCCUCGAGUACAACCAGCGGCCAGACCUGACGAAGCUCCUGCUCUCCAGCUUCGACUACAGCUUCCAGGGACACCCUCGAGUCCUGCUGCGGACUGCCAUGACCGCCAGCACCAAAGAAAUUCGGAUCUACGCCACGAAUAUCCUUCGCAAGUUUGUAAGCAACCCCAAGGAGAGCACGGCGAACCAUUCGAAGUGGGCUAUCCAGCUGCUCGUCGAGCAGCUCUACGACCCGGAGGUCGAGGUGUGUGCCACUGCGAUCAAGAUCCUCGAGAGGGCCUGUAACACGAAGAGUUAUCUAGAGUUUAUCGUGGGCUGCCGACCGGCUCUAGACCAUCUUGGUGAAAUCGGUGCACCUUUGCUGCUGCGUUUCUUGUCAACCUCGAUUGGCUACGAUUACCUGGACGGCCUGGACUACAUUAGAAAUGAAAUGGACGACUGGUUCCUCGGGCGCAAUGACUCCUACGUUAGCACCGUGGAGGCCAGCCUCGCCCGUGCCUUUGCUGACGGGCAAGACGAGCCAACCAACCGCAUGACCCUGCUGAACGACGAGCCUGAUGCCGAGGCAGAUCCCCACGUCCCUCCUCAUUUUUAUCGUGAGCUCACGCGGACCGAGGAGGGCUGCAAGCUCCUGGAGCAGAAGGGACACUUCCUCGAGUUCGCCAACACCAUCCGGGAGCACGGCAUGCAGGCUGACGACCCUGAGGUGAUGGUCAAGGUCAAGGGCUGCAUGUGGGCCGUCGGCAAUGUGGGCUCCAUGGAUCGGGGCGCUCCCUUCCUCGAGAGCUGUGAUGUGAUUGAGCACAUUGUGCGGAUCGCAGAGCAGCAUGAGGUGAUGAGCAUGCGCGGUACCGCCUUUUUCGUGAUAGGCCUGCUCUCGAGGUCUGUCCAUGGGCUUGAGAUCCUGUCCGAGCUGGGCUGGGAUGCGAACACGACCCCCAUCGGGGUGUCAACAGGGUUCUGUGUCCCGACGAACCUGUCCAAGUUUCUAUCCCUGCGGCCCUGGCGUCACCAGAUUGCAGCCUCCAUUGUGCUGCCGGACUCGCAGAGGGCGGAGACGGUCAAAGCUCCCACCAUGCCCUCACGGCCGCGGUCGGACUCGAUGAUGGAAGCCAUGGGCGCCCCGAGCUCUCUGUACGACCACUUUCACACGGGUGCUUUUGACGGGGACGAGGACGUGGAGCUGGACCCCAACCCUACGAACCACAAGAUCCUCAGCCUAUUCAUCGAUCUGAGCAACACGGUCCGCUUCGGCAAGGCACGGAAUGACCUCGUCACACUAAAGGAGAAGAAGCCUCAGGGCUUCGCCAACGCGCAGGUGUUUCGGCGGGUGGUGGCACUCAUGGAGGCGCACCACUACCGGCUUCCGGCCCGCCGCAUGCUCGAGCUCUUUGAGCGGAGCGUGCUUCGCGAGGUCGUAUUCGGCGAUGAGACUGACGAUCAAGGUGAAGACGAUGAUGAGAUGAUGGAGGAGAACGAGGAGCCGAGCUCUGGCGACGAACAGGGCACAGAGAGGCAGCGCAGCAUCAGCGACCCGGCCGAAAUUGAAACUCGGGAGCGACGCGGCACCGUGUGA